AGUUUUGAACGAAGUGAGCUCGAUGUCGCGAUCUACAAGGACAGUACAAACCGAGGAAGACGCGUCUCUGCGUACCCGCAUCAACAUGGACGAGGAUGUGUCCACGAGGAAGACAAAGACUCCACGCGUGGCAACGGCAAGUCGACCGGCGAGGCGAACGUUUAUUGCGGUAGUGGCGGAAGGAAAAUGCCGCGAAGUUGGGAUCACCGGAAUCGAUAUAUCCGCACCUCAUGAGCUCUUGAUCUCGAACAUGGUCGACACGCAUACGUUCAUGGAGACGAUAUCGCUGCUCGAUGCCUACCAGGUACGUAAUCAAAAGGAAAAUGUCCAUUCAACACGUAUAGCCCGACGAAAUUCUGCUCGUCGAGACAAACAAGGCGAGAAGUCUGCAUCAAGAAAUUCGAAAGCAUUUCAAGAACAGCAUGUGUCGAAUUGUUCCCAUCGCACGCAAGUAUUUUGACCAAGCCAAAGGGGCAGACGAUUUGAAACGAAUUGCCAUGAACUGUCUCGAUAUGAGCCUCCUCAAGAACUACAUUGUCAUGGGGUCGGUUGCUUGCAUGGUGAAAUAUGUCGAGUUCAUCCAGGGGGUCUAUAUUGCACAAAAGACGAUUAAGGUUGUGAAACCCUUUGUUAAGUUGCGCAAUUAACUGCGUUUAGGCCGUUGUCAACACAGCAUCACCAGUGUUAUUGAUGGAUUACAACACUGUUUCCUCCCUUGAACUCAUGCGUGGGGCGAAAAGCGGCUCAACUCAGCAAUCCUUGGUUUCGAGAAUCGAUUACACUCAAACGUCAGUUGGAAAGCGCUUGUUACGAACUACGAUUUUACGACCAAAUUCAGAUCUCGAGACGAUCAAUGGGCGUCAGCAAGUCGUUGGAACACUUCUUGACCAUCCAUCGACAUUUUUCGAUGCCAGAGAAAUCCUGCCCGAACUUCCCGACCUCGAGAUACUCAUGGCCCAACUGGUCAUUGUUCCAAAGUUGGCGACAACUCGGGUCUUCGAACAAGGCGUUGCAAGCAUUGUCGCCUUAAAAAGCACGUUGGACGCGUUGCCUCGUUUGAAAACGUGUUUACAAUCGAUCGACUCAAACUCGACGCUCCUCAAAGCAAUUGUCUCGAGCUUACAACACGAGGAAUUCCGCCAAAUCCAAGACUCUAUUCGCAAAGUCAUUGACCCCAACUCGCACUGGAAGAAAUCCGCUCGUCACAUGAAAAUUCAAGGCAGUUUUGCGGUGAAAAGUGGCCUGGACGGCAAAUUAGAUCUCACUCGAUCGACGUUCGUUGAUAUUAUGGACGCCAUUCAUCAACAAGUCGUGGAGUACCAGGAGAAAUAUGCGUUCAACGUCAAAUUGAAUCACAGCGCGAGCCGCGGCUAUCAUUUGUCCAUAGCCAAUUUGAGGCAAGACAUACCUCCGAUGUUUGAGGAAUGCGUGAAAUUCAACAAAAGCAUUGCGUGCACAACGAAACAGUUUAGCUCACUCAACUCCCGAGCGACCGAAUGCAUUCAAGAGGUUUACGCGCUGUCGUACGGAAUGAUCCAAAAGUUGCUCGAUGAAAUUCGACCGCAUGCAGCAAGUUUGUAUUCGAUGGUGGAAAAUAUCGCCACGUUGGACAUGCUGCUGAGCUUUGCGAAUCUUGUGGCAUUGUCCCCCGCUGACCAACCAUGUUUGCUUUGGACACUAGUGAAAAACCUCAAAUUUGAUGUAGACACUUGCCCCGAGGUCACUGAACACGGCUGCCUCUCCAUAAACCAAGGGCGGCAUUCCCUGAUCGAAACAAUGAUGCAAGACCAACCAUUUGUGCCUAAUGAUACUCACUUGGACGUCGUUGUGACUUUCAAUGUUGUCACUGGACCAAAUUGCAGCGGAAAGUCGACGCAUUUAAAAACGGUGGCUGUGAUCACAGUGCUUGCCCACAUUGGCUGCUACGUCCCUGCCGUGGAGGCCAGUAUUGCCCUGCGUGAUCGCUUGUUCACAAGAUUUGGCACGUCCGACGACAUGCAAGAAAACGCGAGCACGUUCACCGUGGAAAUGCAAGAAACAGCCUUCAUCCUUGACAAUUGUACUUGUCGGUCGUUGGUGUUGAUGGACGAAUUGGGGCGAGGAACAUCCAACGAAGAAGGGUUUGCAAUUGCUUGGAGUGUGUCGGAAUCGUUGAUGAAGAAGGGAGCGUUCUGCCUCUUUGCCACCCAUUUUCAUGGCUUGCGCGAACUGUCUGAACUGUAUCCCAGUUGCAGCAAUUACCAUUUGCAAGCGACGACAACAGACAAGAACAUUUUGCGAUUCCAGUACAAGCUUAAAGACGGACCUACGGAGCUCCGACAUGGAUAUGGCUUGAUGAUGGCCAAAGUUUGCGGACUGCCCAAAUCAGUGUGCGAGUUGGCAUCAAGUCUCCACCCGACGGUUGCUUUAAGAGAGGAAAACCUGGUGGUGAAGACGGUCGAUGAUACCAGCGACCUCCAGAACAUGUUGUUGAAGCGCUUGAUGGCCCUUCGUUACUCGAACUUGGACGACAACGGUGAGUCCUAUCUAUGCCUUGCUUGAUACAUAACCUCCCAUAUGCACUGCUAGAACUUCGCAUGCAGCUCCAACAUCUUCGCGAUCAAUUCAUCUUGGAGUGAUCGCUAAUCAAGUACCCACCUUGAUCAACGCAGAGCUCCAUCUACAUUCGUCAACUUGAGUAUCGCAUGCACCUCAUCUGUAUCCACAGUCUCAACCAUAUCGUCAAAGCUUGUCAUGCCCACCGGUACUCGUUAGUUCUCAUUCAAUAACUAACGUUACCUAUACUUACGACGUUGCGCUUGGGGCAAGUCUUUUUGCGUGGUUGAGUAACCGAUGCUUGCUUUGUGGGUAGUAACCCCUCGAACUACUAGUCGGAGUCGUUGGGUGGCGUGUUCAUGCUUGCUUGAUGUGAUGGGGCGGCUGGACAACGCAGUUGACAAAGGAAGGAAAUGCAGCCCUCGUGUAGGGUUUCCAUCUUGAGGGGCAGGAUGCAAGCAGCUCGUCUUGAUAGUUGUGUCCAUGAGUUACGAGUUGGGAAUGACAAUCAAGCGCUUGCGCUCCAUGAGGGUGUCAUGAAAUGAUUGAUCGCGACUCCAUCACGAUGUCGUUCUUGUAUACAGCUUGGAAUCGAUAGAAGGGCGCCGUGAGCCUGCCGUUAAGGACACGAGGCUCGCGCAUGCCACGGACAAUGUGGAACAGAAUUCCGUCUCCACCAGUAUCGCAUGCCUCGUCCUCAUCUGCGUCCGCGACCAUGUUGACGCUUCUGUAACACCGCCGUUUGUAC